AUGUCGAGCAGUGUUUCUCCAGAAAAUGCGGCCGAGACAUUUCUACGGAAACGAGCGUUUAAAGCUUGUUUACACUGCCGGUCGAAAAAAGCCAAGUGUCAAUUUGAAGGUGUGGACUUCAAUCCUCCGUGCUUGAGAUGCAGGCGAGAAGGCAAGGAGUGUCGUUUCGUACCUAGUCGAAGAGGCGGAGGUAACAGAAAUCGGGUUGCAGUUGACACCUUGAGCCAUCAGUCAGUUACCCAAGUAGGCAAUGGAUCAAGUAGCAUUAUUUCUAAUACUACUACUGAUAUCACUGGUAUUAAUGGUCUUGCUGGAAUUGACGGUGAUUUGAGUAAUGGGGCAGAUCUCCGUCAUAACCCCACUAGCUCGGUUAUUAAGAGCUCAAUAAGCAAAGUUACUUCAGGGCGAAACGAAAAGAAAGGCCAAUUAUCGGGAUCUGAAAAUAAUCCAGACCAUGGUCCUGCGCAUAGUCCUACGUCAACUGUGAAUUCUUCUGAUUAUUCGGCACACUCUUACUCCCAUAAAUUUGUAGAUGCAGAGUCCAUAGCAGACCACGACUUGCGAAACCCUGCUGACGCCGUUGAAAUGAUGGCAUUGGCAAACCAUAGCCAAUUUAAGAAGGGUGAUAUAGUACAGAUACAAAAGCAAAACUCUCAGAGUCAUCCAGCCCAGUUAUCAGAUGUGAACCUUGUUCGAGUAGGUAUUUUGAGCCCCACAGAGCUCAAAACUUAUGUAUCUUUGUUUUUCAACAGAUACCAUCACUUCAUGCCCAUUGUUCCUGAAUCAAAGAUGCCGUUAAAUGACCAGCAACUUGUCCAAUUUGCUCUGAAAGAGCCCAUUUUGCUUUGUGCAAUGGUUGUGGUGGCCACCCGCUACGAGUCUAUCUUAAUUCAUAAGGCAUGCUGGAAAUACUUUCAACUCGAGAUAAGCUCUUUAGUGUGGGGAGGAAAACCCAACACUGGAAUCGUUGAGGCAUUACUACUGAUUAGUGACAAUCUUCCACUGAUAACCGAUGCAGAUGUCAGUACUGAAGAUGAAGAAAUUCAUAAAUACGAAGAGAGAUUAUCCUGGAAUCUGGUAGGCUUGGCUAUCAGGAAUAGUUACCUGAUGGGGUUUGAUCAAAAAACACUGCUGUCAGUGUCCGAAGUCACUGAUGAAGACACUCAUCGGCAACGCCUGGCAUGGACCUAUUGUUAUAUUUUCGAUAGACAGACAUCCGUUCGUGCUGGUAAGGCCUUUUGGAGUCGGGGUCCUGGUAUCUGUUUUCAAAAUCAAGUUGGAUUUGGAUUACCUGUUGGUCAGACCUCAAUAAUGAACUUCCCAACUCUUGCAUCUUCAAUUUUGGGUGAUGAAAAUGCUGCAUUCGUUCAAGUGAUGCUUGAAGUUACACAAAUUCUUACUAAUGUCCAUGAUUCACUGUACCCCAGCAGAGAUCGAACUAUUGCUCUUGCUGAGGUAGGCGACUAUUGUCGAUUAUUGGACGAGUUUAUCAGGACUUUUUCCGAGUUCGAAAUUACCUGGGAGUCUCGCCAAUGGAGAAUUCCUCCUGUCAAUGAGAUGGUUUGGAUGAGUUUUCACUUUUCGGCCCUGUAUGCUUAUUCAUUUGGUUUCCAAGCUCAUAUUCGAAGGGCUAUUGCUAUGGUCAGACUGGCAAGGCAGAUGAAUCCUACUGCUGAUGGCGAUGUGCCUAUUGUUGCCAGCAUCUUUCCUCGAGGUGUAACAGCUACGGCAGACUCGAAAUAUAUUCUUGAAUCCAUAAAAGCAGCCACCAAAAUUGUUUCGAUUUGUGUUAAUGAACUGAGUCCCUCAGGUUUAUUGUCCUAUCUCCCCUAUCGGUUCUAUGGAUAUAUAAGUUAUGCAGCAGUGUUUCUGAUCAAAGCCGUCUUCACGGGUGCGAUUUCGUCUUCUAGUCAGCCAGCAACUCUCGGUCUAUUGGAUAGGCUGAUCCGUAAUCUGGAAACUAUCGGGACCGAAAACAAUACCUCAAGACAAAACUACUAUCACCCCUGUGCGCCGAUAUCUGAGCAGUUGAAAUUUCUCAUGAACUCGCUUCUUUCUUUCAACGAAGAGCAUAAACAUUCUCCUGAAGAAGCAAGUACGAGAUUUGGUCCUGAUGAGACUGCUAAUGAGUUUCACUUUGAAUUAAAUGACGAUGACCUUGAUCAGUUGAAUAGUCUAUUAACUCUGGAAGUGAAUGAAAACUGGCUCAACUUGGACCUAUAA